AUGGACGACCGAAGCCAGCGCCCGGAGGGGGCGGUCCCCGACGCCGACACCGACAUUGCCAGCAGCAAUAUCACCACUCCCUACACCGAAGCUAAUUCCGCCGACGACAUCCGCGCCGAUGGUCAUGCAGAGCAGACGGAAGAAGACACCGAUUCCGAUGAUGACUACACCCCCGUCCAUCCCGACACCUCAACAUCGACGCACUACUGCAGCCGCUGCACCGGUGGUGGUUCGAGCGCUUCCCCGCUAACGACCCUCGCAACAUGCGGGGCGCCGUGCAUGUGGCAGCAGGCAAAGAUGGACCCGGGCGACUGGGUCGAGGAGAACUGCCCGUGGCUCUUUGACGGAUUUUGCCCCUGCCACUGGCACGAUCGCGACCACCAUGACUAUGGGUUCUGUCCUACGUCGGAGCGCAAGGCGUUCAAGCUUGUGAAGUAUACCGAUACGCAGGAGGGCAACUUCACGCAGUUGGUGGUUGGGGAUAGCAACUAUGUCAAGCUGUUUUCCACCGGAGAGGCCCAGGGCGAGACUCGGAGUGACAUAAAAGGUCAGGCCCAGACCCUGGGUCUUGACGACACGAUGCUCGUCGACGACAUCCACGCUCAGGUAUCCGAGGCGAGCCCCCCAAAGGAAGAGCACGCAGAGCAGACGCAGACCGGUGGCACGGCUAUGAUGGUCACAGAGAACGCCGAUGUCGAAGGGUUUUCUACCCGCGAGGCUCAUGGCCAGACUCGGAAUGAUGAUGUCCUCGAUGAGGAAACCUUUUUAGGUCUCGGACCCAUCGUUGAGUAUCUUCGUGCCCAAGAGUGGGCAGAGAGAACCCCACAGCAGAUCCAGGAGGAUGAGAUGAAGGACUCUGAGCAGCACGAACUCACUUGA